AGUACUUUUCUCACAUCAAUAUUAAUUUAUCUAUUUUAUAUUCUAUUUUUUUAUAUUGAUACCGAAAUUAGAAUUCACACAGCAUAACAGAAGAUCUCAGAAACAGACGAAAAUGAAAACUGUUUGCUUGCCUACUUACUUCAAGCUUCUCUCUUUUCUGUCUGCCAUAGCUGUGACAUCUGGAGCAGCUGUUGACUCAAUCAAUGGCUGUCUCUUAGGAUCAAACUGCCCACCACCACCACCAACAACAACAACAACAACAACACCAACACCAACACCAACACCAACAACACCAAUAACACCAAUAACACCGGCAAAUAAGACAAUUGUGCUUUCAACCAUUAUCGAGCCUGGGCCAGGCAUGGUUUGGGCGCAAGUAGAUGAGCUUGAUCCUGAACCAUAUUAUGUGAAAUGGGUCCCUGAUCCAACGUUUGCCUCGCCUGUUGUACUGCAAAAUAACACAGAGCUUGUCUUCAAGGAUGGAAGCAAAUCUUUUUAUCUCAACUUCGAUAACAGCACUUCUGACACAGGUAUUUAUUUUGCGAACCUUAACUCCUCGGCUGGUAUUAGUCAACUCUACACGGAUAGUGACAACAAGUUGCUCUGGGGUGGAGCUCAACAAGAGCGGGAUGGCUGGAUGUGGUGCUUCAUGGUCGAUCUACAAUACCGCAUGUUCUACUCUGACAGCAAAUUCCUUGGUCCUCCAAGGGAUUGUGGCUUCUCUUCUGUCUUUUUGACAGAGCGCCCGAGUUGAAACAACUGUUGUGAGGAGGGGAGCAGUUCUGGACCGGCCGUGCGAAAUGAGUAAUGAGUAUCAAAGUGCUUCUGUGAUCUAUGAAAUUUAGAGGGCCAGGAUACAAUUAUUGAUCAACUCCCACAAAUAUCAUAGCGCUUGUUGUGAGAAAAGUAAUUCUAUCUUAUUACAAUAUAUGCAUUCAAGUUAAAAUAUGUUUUCUUAGGUGUUCAGUUAUAAUUAAGUGAGAGGCUGGUCAAGAUCUCAUUAUAAACGCGAGCAUAUUAAUAGAAGAGCUAUAGCUACAGU